UAUAAUGUCUCUUUCUUCAAGCGAUCAAUAGGGAAUAUACGAUUCUGGUGAGCUUUCAUAUCCUAAAUCUCCAAAAUCCAAAAAAAUCAAGAAAUGUGAAUCACUUUCUCCCAAAAAGAAUUGUGGCCAUUGGACUCAAGAAGAACAUUAAAAAUAUUUGAAAUUCCUUGAAGAUCAUGCACAUAUCAAGAAAAACAACAAAAUAUUUAAACCUAUGAGUGAUGUCAUUGGAACUCGAUCACCUAGUCAGUGCAGGUAAAAAUAGUGUUAUUGUAGAUCUCAUCAUCAAAAGUUCAAUCCCUUCUCCCCAAUAGUUCAGAAGAAAAAUCUCAAAGCUCAACAAAGAACACAAUUUACUAUACCCACCCAUAUGGAAGAUUCCUAUCAAUACAAAGAAGAGGAAUGUCUGAAUCGCAGAUUGGUCCAACUUAUGAUUUUUGAUGAAGACGAAUAAUUCGAUGAACCUUAAUAAUUUAAUUUAGAUGAUUUCUUCUGA